GCAAUGGGGCUCUGAUUGGCGGAGCCGCCGGCUGGGCGCAUGCGCUCCUCCUCUCACCCGCGUCGGUUUUUCUUUCUCCUUCGGCGCUCGGACGGGUGCCCGGAGGGAAGUCCUUCCCGCGCGGUCUGAGGGGUGGCAGAGGCAGGAGGGCCUGGUCGGCCUGGUCUUGGGGGGUUUCCUCUCCUUCCUUCCCGCUUGAGUCGCUCCCGGCCCGGCCGCCAUCAUGCAGGAGCUCAUCGCCAGCGUGGACCACAUCAAGUUCGAGCUGGAGAUCGCGGUGGAGCAGCAGCUCGGGGCUCAGCCGCUGCCCUUCCCGGGCAUGGACAAGUCGGGAGCGGCGGUCUGUGAAUUUUUUUUAAAAGCUGCUUGUGGGAAAGGAGGGAUGUGCCCCUUCCGGCAUAUCAGUGGUGAAAAGACGGUGGUUUGCAAGCACUGGCUACGAGGGCUGUGCAAGAAGGGAGACCAGUGUGAAUUCUUGCAUGAAUAUGACAUGACCAAGAUGCCAGAGUGCUACUUCUAUUCAAAAUUCGGGGAAUGCAGCAACAAAGAAUGCCCAUUCUUGCACAUUGACCCGGAGUCUAAGAUCAAAGAUUGCCCUUGGUAUGAUCGCGGUUUUUGUAAACAUGGUCCUCUCUGCAGACACAGGCACACCCGACGUGUUAUUUGUGUGAAUUACCUGGUUGGGUUCUGUCCAGAAGGACCGGCUUGCAAAUUCAUGCACCCUCGAUUUGAACUUCCCAUGGGAACCACAGAGCAACCGCCACUGCCUCAGCCCACACAACCACAACAAAAGCAAAACAACAACCCACCACUCCAGAGGUCGUCAUCCCUGAUCCAGUUAACGAGUCAGAACUCGUCUCCCAACCAACAGAGGACCCCACAGGUCAUUGGCGUGAUGCAGCCUCAGAACAACAGCAUAGGCAACAGAGGGCCUCGGCCCCUGGAACAGGUUACCUGCUACAAGUGUGGUGAAAAAGGACACUAUGCCAACAGAUGCACCAAAGGGCACUUGGCAUUUCUUAGUGGACAGUGAGCCAGCAGGAGCCUACCUAGCCCUUCUCUUCUACACAUGGCGGGCAGAGAGUUGUGCCUUGCACCAUCGUGAACUGUUGCUCGCCUUUUUACAAUGCCUAUACUGGACAGCACUGGGCAGCUGAGAACUACUGACCUGCAACACCUUCGUAUUUCACUGUUUGUUUUAAUCUUAAGAGAACUUGGUGGCAUUUUCCUUUAUGCAAAGCCCAGGGGAAGUAGGGCUGACCCAAAAUAGAUGGAGCCUUCUUCAAGGCAGCUUUCAGCACAGGUACUACUCUUGUUCUGCAAUUCUUCGGUAGUCCUUGGACCCUAGUGUGCAGGAUACUGCCCGCCACACCUGUGAGCUGCAUUCUGUACUUGUUAAGAUGAAGCUCUCCACUUCCAUAUUCUCCAUAAGGUGUCUGGGCUGAGCGUUUCUCAGUCUAUCAUGUGGGUGUUGAGUUUGCCAGGUUGUCCAUAGCAUCCACUCUCCCAUGUUUUGCAGGGGUAAGGAGUUGGAGUGGACUUGUGUCUUUGUCUAAACUGGAGUCAAAGGUAUAGUGCUCCUUCCUCCUUGACUGCCUAGGCAAAGGUGAAAAGGCUGUGGGUGAGAAGCCAAGGAGCUUUUAGAAAGGUCUGUCUUUGCACUCGUAGCUGGGGGAGUUAAGCUACUGUGUACAAAACCCUAAGUUACAAAAUGGCCUGUAUCUCUCUAGACUCUUGAUCCCACCUUCCUGCUACUGCUUAAGGAAACCCAUUCUGCCAGAGGACUCCUUCAUACGGAGGGCAACACUGAAAUGCUUCUGCCAUACAAUGCAAGCCUUAACUCUCACUGCAGGCCUGCUACAGUUGCCUAACAACCUCUACUCCCCACCCCACCCCAUUUUAAACAGAGAUGUACUGCUCGGGGGCGGGGGGGGGAGUGAGUUGGAUUAUUGCAAUCUUAAUAAUGAAAUGUGACUGGGGUGGGGGGGAAAUGUGCCUAGAAAGAAUGCAAGUGGAGUCCUGUGUGAAAGGCAGGAUUGAUUAAAAGAAAUUUUCUUAGAAGAGUGCCUAUUAUCUUAGAGUGAGCAACAGGUCUUUCAAGAACUGGCACCAAUGGAGAGGCAGGCAAAAAAACAAAUAGGCUGCAUAAGUAAUCUUAUUAGUGCUAGAAUUACUAAGUGGAAUUGCUCCAAGGACAAAAUCUACCCUGCUUGCCUUCAUUCAGACUAUGUUCAGUUCCCAACCUGUCUAGUUGUUUGACUAGUCUUUUGUCUGAUGAGCAAUUAAUUGUUCCUGCUAAAAACACUUAUUCUUUAGCCAUACCACUUUGUAGUAACUCUAUUACCACCCAGGGAAGAAGCUUGUGCUACUGUAAUUAGAAGACUGCCUAGAGGGAAGACACCAGUUAUCUAUACUACAUUCUGCUACAUCAAGCAAGUUUACCAGGGUGGAUGGGGAAAAGCCCCCACUGUGACAAGCAUCUAAAGAAGCUAAGCCUUGCAUUUUGUAAAGUACGGAGACUUAGACUCCAGACUUGCAUUUUACAUACUUAUAACCAAGAAGAGCAGGAACUCCAUGUAGCACUCUAACAAAAUUCACAAAUCAAGUAUGUAGAGGCAUAUCCCUGCUUCUGAAUUAGAUGUAGUAAAAGGGGGGAAAACCCCAGCUUAUUUCACCCUUGUAAAAACCGGUGUACUCCCUUUAAAUACAAGAUUAGUUUGUUUUGCCAGUUCUAAAAUAAGAGCUUAUAGAGACGUCCUGUGGCCUUGCAGCAUUUAGAAGUUUACACCAUUCACAUGGACAGUGAGCAUUUUAUUGGUCACAAUACAUUUGCAAUUCCAGAAGAUAGUUUAGUAUUUAAGGGCUAAGAAGCCUUCAGCUAAAGAGAUCUCCCAGGACUCUUCACUAAUCAGUAACUUGGUUGUCUUCUGGUCCAUUGAGUCUCAGUGAUACUUCCUCAUGCGAUCAUGCUCUGAAUAAUUAAAACAAACCAGUUUGCUCAA